UGGGCGGUCUGUGCGUGCAAUCACGUGGUCCAGGGCGUUGAUGCGGGACCAAAUAAGUAUACUUGUUAAAACGCUCUUUCAGCACUAAAUCUUCACACCUCAUGUACGCUCUGUUAUCAGGCAGACCCAGGUUGUCAUUUGAUUUGAGCAAAGCUAUCAACAAUGAUUUCUCAUGUAUUACUGGUGACGUUUUUUCACUAUGCCCUUUCGGCCUACACUGACCCUCACUGUAUUGGGGGCAGAGACGGUAUUGUCCAUCUAUUUGAAUGGAAAUGGAACGACAUAGCCGCCGAGUGUGUGAGAUUUCUUGGACCAUAUGGAUUUUGUGGUGUCCAGACCUCACCAGCAAAUGAAAACAGAAUUAUCACCAACCCUUACCGUCCUUGGUGGGAGCGCUAUCAACCCGUCAGCUACAAGAUUCAUACCAGGAGCGGCUCUGAGGAUGAGUUCCGUAACAUGGUUGAGAAGUGUAACAACUCUGGGGUUAGAAUUUACGUCGAUGUCGUCUUUAAUCACAUGACCGGGGCUGGAGGUCAAGGUUUUGGCACGAAGGGAACUUUCUACGAUGGAGACAACCUUCAUUUUCCGGGAGUUCCCUACGGUCCGACGGACUUUAACGACGGAAGUUUGUGUCAUUCUUGCGACAUGAAUAUCCACAGCUACGACAACGUUGAGGAAGUCAGAAAUUGUCGUCUUAGCGGACUUCUAGACUUAAAGCUGGGCAAAGACUACGUGAGAGAUGAAGUGUCCGGCUAUCUGAAUCGCCUGGUUGAUUUCGGAGUGGCCGGAUUUAGAGUGGACGCCGCAAAACACAUGUGGCCUGGGGAUCUGAUAGAACUUUUUAAUAAGGUCAAGGAUCUCCCAAAUGGAGGGCGCCCAUUUGUGUAUCAGGAGGUUAUAGACCAGGGAUGGGAAGCUAUCAAAGCCGAGGAAUACUUAGCUACUGGCAGAAUUCUCAACUUUAAAUUCGGACUGCAGUUGGCCAAUGUUUUCAGACGUCAGAACCCCAUGAUGUUUCUGAGCAGCUGGGGCACUGGCUGGGGCAUGUGGGAAUCUGACAAAGUGGUCAACUUCAUUGAUAACCAUGACAACCAACGAGGUCACGGUGGAGGUGGAGGCGUUCUGACACACUGGGAGCCCAAACCUUACAAGAUGGCCACUGCCUUCAUGCUGGCCCAUCCCUAUGGCAUGCCUCAAAUAAUGAGCAGCUUCGAGUACAACAGGGCCAACAAUUACGAGGGGCCACCACACAACAGCGACAUGACCACGGCCAGCGUCCAGAUUAGCGGCAUGUCCUGCACCAACGGUUGGAGCUGUGAGCAUAGAUGGAGACAGAUCUACAACAUGGUCGGCUUCAGAAACAUGGUCUCUGGUACUGCGCUCAACAACUGGUGGUCAGGCGCUGACUAUCAAAUUGCGUUCUCCAGAGGCAACAAAGGUUUCAUUGCCCUAAAUCUGGAAAGUUUUGACAUCAAUCAAAAUGUACAGACUGGUCUCCCUGCUGGAAGGUACUGUGACGUCAUCAGCGGUGACAUUGACAAUGACAGAUGCACGGGCAAGACGGUAGAGGUGUACAACGACGGUACCGCCCAUAUCAAUGUCUGCUCAAACUGCGACGACCCGGUCCUGGCCAUUCACGUUGGCGCUAAGAUUGGAUCACCCCCAAGACGCUUUUAAACCCAAUACAGAAGUUUUCAAGUAGAAAUCAAUUUUUUUACAUUUAUUUUAUUUAUUGAUGUAUUUAGAAUAAAUAAACCAAAGUAUUUACACAAAAA